CCAUGAUCUUAUCUGCUGGUCUCUAUUCUCCUCCUCCAUCCCUCUCUUCUUCCCUGCCUCUUCUCUCUCUCUUUCAGUCCCCUCUGUCACCUUUGACCCAGCUGUUCCCUCAUCUCGCAUCCAAUUUUUUAUCCUUUUCAAGCAGCCAGCUGAUUGAACACAGAAUUUUAAAAAACGGGGUCCAUGAUGCUCUGUCUUCCUCUCCUCUCUCCUUUAUUAGAUGUUAAUCCCUCAAACUUGGCACUGGUACCCCUUUGGCACUAAUGAAGUUGUGUUUGUGUGUGUGUUUGUGUGUGUUUAAUCAGCUGCCGCUCCACUUCUCUGCUGAUUCCUAUCCUCCAGGGACUCUGUCGCCUUUGCUGCCUGCUCAUUUAUCACCCUGCUUAUGCCACCUCUCCAGUCAGCCCAGCCAGUGUAGAGAGAUUCUGCAUGCUGAGCAGCUACAGAGAAGCAUUUUUUACAAGGUGCAGGGUGAACCCCUGGGAGUUGCUCUUUGCAUCUAUCUCUGCUGAAGAUCCUCGCAUCUUGUCUAUUAGCAUCAGCUAAAUACCUUUUCCUUUCUUUUUUGAAAAGAGGAUAGAUCUUCAGUUCUCUGUUGGCGUGAUGGUCCAGGAGUGAUAUGGUCAAAUGUUCCAGGAUUGGUCUCCAUCCAUUAACCAAGGGAUUUUGAAUCAUACCCAUGAUACUUGUAUUUGGGAUCAUUUCUGGAGCAACCUUCUUUUGGAUCUGUUAAGGAAGGGGAAUCAAGAACUCCUGGAUUUUGAGCAUCCAACAUUUUCUUCAAAUGGGAAUAUUUGUGGCUGAUAGUUUAAGUGGCAUUGUGAGCUGUUGUUAAUGGGUGAUAUUUUGUACUCUUUGCAAUCCAGUCUUUCAGCUCCCCCAAGCAAUAAAAGGCCUGAUCCACUGGGUUCAAAUUGCUUCUUUUUAGGGUUAUGAACUGCUGGACCUUUCUGACAGAGUGCCACUCCUUCAGAUACACGUUUCCUCUCUUCCUGCAUUUGUUUCCGUUAUUCUUCAGCCCGAACACUGGAUUUUUGACAUUCCUUCUGGGCAGAAGUUUGAACUGGCAAAACUCCAAAGAUUUGACACAGCCUGCUGCAUGCUUGUGGCUUGUAAUUGUGAUGAAUAAUUAAAAGAAGAAAAAGAGUUUGCAACCUUGUGGGAGAGAACUGUAAAAGAACUGCCAUGGAUUUCAGAAAGACAACUUCUUCAUUCAGAAGAGGACUGAGAAAUAAUUCUUAAAGCAGGAUCAACAAAGCAACUUGUGAGCUGUUUCAUCCCAAGGAGAGGCAGCAAGUCACUUGGUUCAGAUAGACUGCACCCAAAGAUCACAUUUUGAAUAGAUUUAGCAAGCCUGAUGAGCCCAAAGCAAAUUAGGGGAGAUUUCAGAAAGUGGGGGGAGGCGUUUGAAAUGAUUAGGAGUUCCUAGUAUUCUAGUUUUGGCUUCUUCACUGCAAGGCACAAUAAACUGUGCAGCGCCCAAAUGUCUAUGGAGUCCCAAAGGGUGAAUGCUUUGUUGGACACAGCCUGCUCUCUGCUUAUAAAGAUGAGACAAUGAUGAAAAUUGGAGAAACAAUUUGCCCACCGGACUCUUGUGCAGAAUUAUUCACUAAAUCCAGAAGGUGUCUGAUCGAUCCACCACUUAGAGUGACUUUGAACAAUUGGGUUUGAUCUCAAGGACCAACCCCGUCUCUUCCUGUAGCUCUGGGAAAAUUGUAACGAUGAUUCAAUUAAGCCGAAGAGCUCGCUCCAUGCUUUCCUUGGGCCUCAACUGUCUUGCCCUCUGUUUUUCUGUGUCGGCUUUCAGCACCAGCUAUUGGUGUGAAGGGACCCACAAAGUGGUGAAAUCACCCUGCCUUUCAGUGGUCAAGAAAGGGAAUUGUGCACCCAACAACAGCAACGGGACUGUGGAUACAAAUGAGACGGUGGAUCCCCACAAAGUCCAGUACAUCUGGGAGACGGGUGAAGACAAGUAUGCUUUUCAGUAUUUCCACACGGGUUUCUGGCUGUCGUGUGAAGAACAUCAUGGAGAGGAGAAGUGUCGGAGUUUCAUUGAGCUGCCUCCAGAGUCAGAAAAAGGAGUGCUGUGGCUCUCAGUUGCUUCCGAAUUUCUUUAUAUCAUCCUGUUGAGUAUUGGAUUCUUGCUGAUGUGUUUGGAUGCUAUCUACUAUGCCAACUUCAUUGAUGGUCUCAAGAUCAAUGCUUUCGCAGCUGUGAUCACUGUUUUGUCAGGUCUCCUGGGCAUGGUGGCCCACAUGAUGUACAUGACUGUCUUUCAGGUGGCUGUAAACUUGGGGCCAAAGGAUUGGAGGCCCCAGACAUGGUAUUAUGGAUGGUCCUUUGGCUUGGCCUGGCUCUCUUUCACUCUUUGCAUGUCAGCCUCAGUGCUGACCCUCAACACUUACACCAAGACUAUUCUGGAGUUCAAGUACCGUCGGCAGAUUUUUGAAAAAUAUACGGCGUCAACAGGGAGCAUUCGAGGUUCCAACUCAUCAGCGCUGUCCCCUGACUUGGAGCGCUUUCUGUGGGAGAAAUAUAUCUUCAGUGUCAGUGAAUCCCUAGACUUCUCUGCAAGUCCACCCAGCCGCUUAGCUCUCAGUGGAGGCCGAAAGGAGUGCUCAGGAGGAUAUGCUGGACUCCCAAGGAGUCACAGUGGAGAUACCAAGGAUGGGGAUGAUGGGGAACCUUGCUGAGGAGAGGAGGCUGUGUAGAAAAAGAGAGCCUUGUCCACCAUUUCUCUUCUCCCUCUCACAUUCACUCCCUUGAGCACCUAGUUUGAAUGAUGUUUUCUUCUCUCUCCUGUUGAAGCUCUUUCACAGCUUGGAGACAACCUCAUCACUGAGGACCUGUUUUAAAGAAGAUUUUUACCCCAUGGUUUUUUUUUUCAUGUAUGGUACCACUCAAGUGGAAAACAUACCAAUAUUCCUUGCUAUUUUCCCCACAACAACUCUGUGGGAUGAGUUGGGAUGAAAAAAAGACUGGCCCAAAAUCACCCAGUUGGUUUUAUAUGUUUAAGGUGGGAUUAGAAGUCAUCUGCUGAUUGGCCCAAAAUCAUUCAGACCGUGUUCAUGCUUAAGAUGGGACUAGAACUCACCAUCCCCUGCUGAUUGACCCAAAGCUACCCAGACGGCAUUCAUGACUAAGGGGGGACUAGAAUUCACCGUCUCCUGGUGAUUGGGCUAAAGUCACUCAGCUGGCUUUCCUGCCUAAAGGGGGUCUAGAACUCACCAUUUUCUUGAGAUCUUCAGAUUUAAAAAGACAAAUUGCCAGAUCCAGGGAUUCAAUCUCCCUGUCAGAACAGUUACAGACCAUAAAGGAAGCUUUAUUAAUUUGGAAUGUGAUGAGUGUUGAAUGUCUCAUGUCAAGGCAAUUCAGCUGCAAGUGGAUUUUGGAGAUCGACCUUCCUGACUGAUCUUAGGCAUUGAAUUACAGAAAGCUUUGCCAAAAUAAAAGAGAGCCAUCUUACCGACUAGCUAGGUUUUGGCAGACCUUUUGCCCAGUUCCUGAAAGAUGGUGGCUCAUUUGAACAAGUGCCACUAAACUUUUCUGCUCCAGAUAUCAGAAGGUCUGUUUGUCUUUGUAUCCUCUGUAAUAUUAUCUCUUUGCCUGUUGGCCAAAAGUUUUUCAAGUCAUCAAGAGAUGAUGGAAAAUUACUAAUGGACAGGUCAUUACACUGUAACUAUUAAUUAAGUCAUUAAUCUCAUCAACAACUAUCUGUAAAGUUCAAGACAGCAUCAAAAAAGCCAACACAGUGCUGGGCUGCAUUAACAGAGGGAUAGAAUCAAGAUCAUGUGAAGUGUUAAUACCACUUUAGAAUGGUUUGGUGAGGCCACACUUGGAAUACUACAUCCAG